UGAUGACAUAAAUAGACUUUUUCUAAUAUAUUUAUAUCGAUAAUUGGAAUAACAGCAUAUGUUAUUGGUGGAGUUGUCUGCUAAGCAGAGGAGCUGAACUCUGCGCACUUAACAGUGCAGUGAAUCGCACGUGCAUUUAAACUGACCAAAGAGGGACCAGCGAUUUGAAUAAUCAAGCUUUAGUUCAAGUUAUUCCGGCACUUUCAAUUGCAGAAAAAUGGUGAAGAAGAAAAUAGAUAAUCGCAUACGUGUUAUGAUUGAGAAUGGCGUCAAGCUAGGCCAUCGCACCAUGUUUAUCAUCAUUGGAGACAAGGCCCGCGAUCAAGUGCCUAUUCUUUACGACAUUCUCAUCAAAUCUACCGUGAAGGCUCGUCCGACUGUGCUAUGGUGCUACAAAAACAAAGACGAGGCCAUUUCCAAUCAUGGCAAGAAACGUGCAAAGAAAAUCGCUCAUGGUAAAGUGGACGUGAAUGAGGUGGAUCUAUUCGAUGCUUUCCGCGUAGCAACCACAAUACACGGCCGCUACUACUCCGAAACACAUGCCAUACUGGGACGCACAUAUGGCGUUUGUGUACUGCAGGAUUUCGAGGCACUCACACCCAAUUUGCUAGCGCGGACGGUGGAGACCGUCGAGGGCGGCGGCUUGAUCAUAUUACUGCUGAAGACGAUGCAGUCACUCAAGCAACUUUACACCAUGGGCAUGGAUGUGCAUAAACGUUUCCGCACUGAGGCCCAUCAAACAGUCACCUGCCGGUUCAACGAGCGCCUGAUCCUGUCCCUUGCUGACUGCAAACGUUGCCUGGUGGUCAACGAUGAUCUAACUGUGCUGCCGCUCAGUUCUAAGACUAUUAAUGUCCAACCGGUGAAUCCGGCAGACAUUGUCAAGUCAGAGGAUGAUAACAACUUAAAAGAGCUGCAGCAGAGUCUUUUGAAUGUUCAGCCCGCUAGCGCACUGGUGAGUCUCUGCAAGACCUACGACCAGGGUCAUGCAGUUGCCCAGUUCAUUGACGCGCUGGUCGAUAAGCAGCUGAAGCCUCCAAUGUCACUGACCGCCGCUCGUGGACGCGGCAAAUCUGCUGCCAUGGGUUUGGCCAUAGCAGCAGCCGUUUCAUUUGGGUAUGUGAAUGUGUAUGUUACCUCGCCACAUCCAGAGAACUUGAUUACGCUCUUUGAGUUCGUACUCAAGGGCUUCGAUGCCUUGGAGUACCAGGAACAUGCGGACUAUACCAUCAUACGCAGCACCAAUGCGGACUUCAAAAAGGCCAUCAUACGCAUCAACAUCACGCGCAACAGCCGCCAGACCAUACAGUAUAUAGCGCCUAACGAUACGCAUCUGUUGAAUGCCGCCGAUCUGCUGCUGAUCGAUGAGGCCGCUGCAAUACCCUUGCCGCUGGUCAAGAAGAUGAUGGGGCCCUACUUGAUAUUCAUGGCCAGCACAAUCAAUGGCUACGAAGGCACGGGACGCUCGCUUAGCUUGAAGCUAAUCGCCCAAAUACAGAAGGACAACAAUGCACGUCCGCCGCUUACGCUAAGCGAAUCGAUCCGUUAUAAGUGCAACGAUGACAUCGAACGAUGGCUUAUCAACCUGCUCUGUCUGGACACCAGCAAUGUGGCGGUCGUUAGCUCUGGCUGUCCGCUGCCUGUGCUUUGCGAGCUUUACUACAUCAAUCGCGAUGCUUUAUUCUCGUACCACAAAGCCGCGGAGACUUUCUUGAACCGCUUGAUGUCCAUCUACGUGUCGUCUCACUACAAGAACACUCCCAACGAUCUGCAGAUGAUGAGCGAUGCGCCCGCCCAUCACUUGUUCUGUAUGUUGGCCCCAGUGCAGCGCAUGGAUCAACUUCCGGAGAUUCUAGUGGUCAUUCAGGUGGCACUCGAGGGACAAAUCUCGUCACAGAGCAUAAGCGAGUCCUUGGGGCGCGGUAAGAAGGCCGCUGGCGAUUUGAUACCCUGGAACGUGGCGGAACAGUACGGAGAUCGUGAUUUUCCUAAGCUUUCCGGCGUACGCAUCGUCCGCGUUGCUACGCAUCCCAACUACCAGCGCAUGGGCUACGGACGAAGGGCAAUCGCAUUAUUAAAAGACUACUACGAAGGCUGCUUUACGAAUGUGGAUGACAAGCCUGCGAGUAAUGACAAAGUUGGUAUCGAGGAGGUCGAGGAAGAGGAGCUGAGCCUACUUAAAGAGCAGAUUCGUCCACGCAAACAUAUUCCCACACUGCUCGAACGUCUGCACGAGCGCUUACCGGAGCGCAUUGAUUAUAUUGGCACCUCAUAUGGCCUGACCUCGGAGCUGCUUAAGUUCUGGAAGAACGUCGGCUUUGUGCCAGUUUACCUUAGCCAGAAAGCCAACGAGCUGACCGGUGAGCACAGCUGCAUCAUGCUGCACACACUGAAGCGAGCUCCUAGCAGCUGGCUGCCUCUUUAUUACCACGAUUUCCGCCGGCGUGUUCUCAAGCUGAUGGCCAAGACGUUCCGCGAGUUUGAAACUAAAUUGUGCCUAGCGCUCCUCAAGAACAAAUCUGUGGAUGACUCUGGCACAACGAUUGCCACGCUAGACAAGCCCACGCUGGACGUCUACUUUCUGCCGCACGAUCUGCAGCGCCUAGAGAGCUAUGCGCGCCAACAGUCCGAGUUCCGGCUGAUCAUCGAUCUGCUAUCCGAUAUUGCCCAACUAUAUUUCCAGGGUCGCGUCGAAGGGCUCCAGCUGGACCUGGUGCAACAGAGCGUGCUGUUGGGCCUAGGCGUGCAAGGCAAGUCUGUCGACCAGAUAGCCGCCGAGGUUAAUAUGCCGGGUAACCAGUUGCUUGCCAAGUUUUUUGACGCCAUGAAGAAGUGCAAUCAGUGCUUCCGCACGGUGCUCGAGGAGCACAUCGAGGGCGGCAUGUUGCAGGAGUCUCAGCUGCCUCGUGGCGAGGAGCUGCAACCGCUGUCGCUAUCCAUUGACCAAGAGUUGGAAAAGACAGCGCAAAAGCUGAACAAGCAGCAGCGCAAGGAACUAAAGCGCCUGAAGGCCGAGGCGACAUUCAAUGAAUACCAAAUCAAGGGUAGCGAGGAUGACUGGUCCAAGGCGCUGGAAAGCAAUGGCAAGGACGCGACUGUUGGCGCUGGCAGCGGUCUACUUUCGGUGAAGAGCGGCAUCAAGCGCAUGGAUGCGAUCGUAGAGCCUGAUUCGAAUUUGGGUCCACCGCAGACGAAAAAGAGUAAAAAGAAUCCCAAGUUAAAAAAAGGCGCGGGCAAGUCGCUCAUCUAGUGGGCACAAUUGGGGUAGAUCUAUAUUUAUAAGCUUUCUUCAAUAA